AAACCUUGCUACGUAUCCAACAUUGAGUUUUCAAAAAUUUCUAAAUACACGAUUCCACGUGUUUGGCCUCUGAUAUAGAACAUGAACUGACGUAUGGCAGAAAUGUCAUUUGUCUCAAAACGUGGAAUUUAUCAAAUAUCAAAUUGUGACUCUCUGGAGUGCGGCCAUCACACUGUAAUACAAAAUCCAUGAAAUAUUUUGUUUUCAAGUUUAUUCUCUCUUUAGUAGCUGUGCAAAAAAAUUAAAUAUACGUUAUAAGAAGAAGACUUCUGCUGGGAAUUUUGUUACAAAGCGCUAAUAUACAGUUUUUUUUUCGGCAAAAAAUUGUUACGUCACUAUUAAAAUGUGCUUUUUCCAAAACAAAAAUAUAGGAAAGACCAGAGCUAAAUUAGUAAGCGAGAAAGGUUUUUACUAGUGUGGAAUAGUGUAAUUCGUGAAAAUAAUUGUGGAUUAAGUGGAUUAAUCUGAGAAAUGUUUCAGUAAAUCUUGAGUAAAUUUGUAUUUUGAUUAGGGAUCUUCUAAAUUCGUUCUCAGCCAAAGGUCAAAUGUCAAAUCCUUAUAUCACAAACUUCCUUGUUUAUGCAUAAAGUAAGAAAUUUUCGUCAAAAUUUGGCAUUUGAAAUAAAUCAACAUCACGUGUUGGGUAAAUUCGUUAAAAUGCAGUACAAGCUAGAUUUUGACAUAUCCACAAAUUAUAGAGGUUUUAAAUCGCUGCUUUUAUUCAAAGUCAUCUUAGCACAGAGCCAGUUUUUUUUUUGAUAAUGACGCGCUUAAAUGUUGGAACUGGUUGGAAACUUAACCACAAGCUUGAAAUGUAGUCAAAUAACGAGUACAUAUUGUGAUAUUCCCAUAGUCUGUGUUCAGUCGCUUAUUUGUGCUGGAUUUAGUUGUUAUAUGUUACACACUUUAAAAUUCUGUUCAAUGAAAAUAAUAAUUAAUUGUCUUGUGUUUAAUAUAGUGGUUUUAAGUGUACUAUCACAGAGAAUAGAUCAUACAGUAUGUGAGAAGGGUUUUAAAUACAUUUAUGUGAAUUCCAAAACUCAGUGGGUUGGAAUGGGAUGGCUUUGGACGUCAUAUUCCGAUAGAUUGCACAACAUCACAAUGGACGUAGAUUUUGCAACAGUAAAGUUACCAGACACCACGUACUUGGGUUCACUUAAAAUUAUAUGGUUUCAUCGAGUCAAAAACCUUGAUGCAGAUGACAAACGAUGGAAUUUAAUAUUUGAAGUUAAAUUUCCGAUUCAAAAUCCAUUACCAGAGGUCACUGGUGUAGUUUUAAAUGGCGAAACAAUUUGUGAAGACAGAGAGAAAGAAUUUACAAAUGAGAUGCCCGAAUUGGUUAAGUUACGAUUGCAAUAUAACGACUAUUUAAAAGAAAACAAAUUUACAUCAGAACUCGUAAGAAAACCUGAACCUACUACUUCUGCACCUACAAAUUACGCAUGGGUAGAAAAUGUAGACAAUAAAUUCAUUAGUGAAUAUGAUGGCUGUGGACAAGCAGAUCUGUCUAACAUUUACGUACCAUUAGCCCUCGGAGGAACAACGAUUCAAAGAGGAUCCUGGCCAUGGCUAGUAUCGGUUUACUCCUACUCGAAACUAAGAUUGGGCUUUAGAUGUGGAGCAACACUCAUAUCACAUAAAUUGAUAGUUAGUGCUGCCCACUGCUUUUUUGAUAUCUACAAUAGACCAGUUAAAACAGAAGAUGUUAUAGUUAUCCUAGGACAGCAUAAUCUGAAAAGACCUCACGACAAAGGUACAGAAAUUUUGUAUCCCGAAAGUGUCAAUAUCCAUCCCAGUUAUGGCAAACGUAACCGCAUUGAUUCCGAUAUCGCUGUUGUGGUAUUACCAGAUAAUGUACGUUUUACAACUUACAUACGACCGGCAUGUUUGUGGAGUGAAGAUGAUAACAAGAAAAGCAUUAUUGGUAAAAUUGGAUCAACAGCUGGUUGGGGGAGAGACGAGAAUGGGAAUUUCUUCACAGAAUUACCAAAGCAAGUCGAUCUCCCUGUGGUAUCUGAUGAAACAUGUUUACGUUCUAAUAAUGGUUUCACCAAGAUCACAUCAGAAGUAACUUUUUGUGGGGGAUGGCGAAAUGGCACUGAAGGACCCUGCAAUGGUGACUCAGGAGGUCCCUUUGUUUUCGAAAGAAAUGGCAAUUGGACACUCAGGGGCGUCGUUUCAACAUCCCUUUCCACGGAUGGAAGUAAUACGUGCAACCUCAAUGAAUAUGUAGUGUUCACAGAUGUUGCAAAAUUCCGGAACUGGAUUACAUCUUUUUCCGAUGAAACUAUUUAAGAUAAUAUGAUUAGCAUAGUGCAGACUGGAUUCCCUGUAUAUUGUCUACAUUGACUCAAUAAGGAUAAUUUAAAAAAAAAUCUCAGUAUAUUAUGUAGUAUAUGGUAACCAAGCUCAAAAAGUUUAGCCUUUUGAAGGAUGACAUUUUUAUAAAUGCAAGGCUACACUUCAAAUAAAACAGAUAAAAUCAAUUAUAUUGAUGUUAAGCAUUAAGUACCUUUCUGAAUUUGCUAAACAAAGUAUAAAACUAGAAUUUAAAGAAAGCAGCUCUAAGUAAUUGUAAAGUAAAAUGAUAAGUAAUAUGUGACUUUCCAUGUAAUUUGUUGAACAAAAUUUAAGAUAAAUAAGAUAAGGGCCUCGACAGACCUGAGGAAUAGCCGAGAGACGGCUUAGCGUAAUUAUAGUAGAAAUAAUGGUUAAACUACAUUUCCAUCAUUUUCCACCAAGUCGUCUCUCGGCUUAAGUCGUAAGUGUGUCUAGGGCAUAACUAAAAUAGCAAUAUAACAAUAAAAUGUCUGAAUACGAUUAAUAAUAAAAA